CCCAGAAUAAAACGGUGUAGUAGGAAUAAAUAAACAAAAACAUAUUUCACAGAUGAACAGAGGAUGCAUGAAGCCAGUAGGUAAAUAUUAGUUGAUAAAGGUUGAAAACGUUUACAGACUGCGAAGCUUAAACAAACAGGCCUUGCAAGAAAAAAAUGGAUAAAGACACAGAUGGGAAAAAAACAAGUUAAUCUUUACAUCAGAAUGUCUGUACAAGGUGCGGUUCCACUGUGUGCAAUGCACACAUCCUGACCCGAGCCGGUCAAUCAGCCUGUGGGACAAACCAUUAUCGCUGUGUGCCUGGCUGAUGCUGCUGCUGGGUUUUGUUUGUAGAAAUAUUAUAUCACUUGAGACCAGUCAAAGCUAUGUAUGUAUGUUGAACUUCUUUCACAGCAUACGUAGCCAGCCGUGCUAAUUCGAAGUGCAGGGGAAGGACAACAAACUAAACACAAAUCAGUUUUAGCUAACACAGUGCGUGUCUGUAACGCCACGUCUACACAGGUGAGCAACGGCCGCCGUGUGGAACAUUCCAGGGCGUGUCUCGAGGUAUUUAUAACUUAACUGCAGGUAAAGUCAGGUCAUUUCCUUGUUCGUCUCCGCUUUGUGAGCUGCUGCUGCCGCUGCGAUAGCUCCUGAGCCGCGGCAAGCGACUGAGUCCGAGUGAAGUUAUGGGCCAUGGCGAGCACGUCUCCCAGUGAUUGUGUAGACAGUGAGCUGAGCUGCCCCAUCUGCCUGGGCACGUUUGAGUGCCCCUCCACGCUGAGCUGCGGACACUCGUUCUGCCUCCGGUGUCUGGACGGUGCCUGGGAGAGAGCGAGCAGCUUCAGCUGCCCGCAGUGCCGAGCGGCCUUCCCUGAGCGGCCCCAGCUGAAGAGGAACGUGGCGCUCGCAAACCUGGUGGAGCAGCUCAGAGUUGGAGAGAGGAUGGCCACAGUUGUCUUCUGUGACGGCUGUGAUGAUGGGGAGACUCCUGCAGUGAAGACCUGCCUCAGGUGUGAGACUUCCUUCUGUGAGUCCCACCUGAAACCUCAUCUGAAAACCCCCAAGUUGAUGGACCACGUCCUGGUGGCUCCCAUUGUCAGCCUGGAGGAAAGAAGAUGCAAGAAGCACAAAGAGGAGCUCAAGUUCUACUGCAAGCAGGACGCGAGCCUGGUGUGCAUGGCCUGUACCAUUACCGGAGAACAUAGAGGGCAUGAUGUCGAUACGCUGGAGGAUGAGCAUGAGACACGGAAGAGGAGAGUCGGAGAAGAGACGCGAGCGGUGGAUGGGAAGAGGAAGAAAGCUGAGGCAUCCGUGGGACAGAUGAAGUCCACUCGCAAGGACGUGCAGGAUUCCAUGGUCCAGACCAAGGCACGCAUCUCAGGCGAGUUCACCCGCAUGAGGGCGAUGCUGGAUGAGGACGAGAGGGCAGCUCUGGAUCACGUGGACAUGAAGGGGCGCGAGCUGCUGUCCCGGAUUGAGGAGAACAUCGCUCAUUAUGAGCGCGAGAUCAGCGAGCUCCAGGCAGCAGCCACGCGCCUGCGCGCUCUGCAGGAGGAGAGGGACUCGCUCACGUUCCUGCAGGUUCACCUGAAAGAGACAGACAGAAGAGACGCUCAGAAGGGAGAUCCACCCUCAUCUCCCAGGAAAGAAGACAUCACCACAAUCAGCGCUCUGCAGGGAGCUGUGGUCAACCUGCUGGCGUUCAUGUACGGACGCUCACCGACUGUGGACCCAAACUCGGCCUACAACAACCUCCAGAUGUCCUCGGACCUCAGGACGGUGACGCGGACCGCUGUCUCCCAGGGUCGCCCCGAUCACCCACACCGCUUUGAUGGCUGUCCACAAGCCCUGUGCUCAGAGAGCUUCUCGUCGGGUCAGCACUACUGGGAGGUGGACGUGGGGGGUGCGGCGGGGCGCUGUCAGGUUGGAGUCGCGUACGGGACGAUCGCACGGAAAGGGCGUGGUGACGAGUGCGGGCUGGGACAGAAGGACUCAUCCUGGGUGUUAUAUAAAGUUAACAACAACAGCUGCUACGUGCGUCAUGGUGGUGUCUGGACCUCAGUGCCGGUGAGGGAUCCUCCCCGGAGAGUCGGGUGUCACCUGCACUGGGAGGCGGGGCUGCUGUCGUUUUACCGCGCCGACUCCAUGGCGCUGCUGCACUGCAUUCACCACGCGUUUAGUCAGCCGCUCUACCCCGCGCUGGGUGUGUGGGGUGGUGUUGAUGGUGACUCAGUGAGGAUUCUGGAUCUGAGUCGUGCGUCCUGAGAGCACGGAGUGUGAGCAGCGCAGAGAAACGGGCACAACGCACAGACUCACGCACACAAAGACACAGAUCCCCCCCGUGCAGCCUAAACAGACUGUUGGGGCAAGGGCUGUUAGCAAACGCCUCAGAAGGCUGACACGACAUUCGAGGGGGUGGGUGGCCAACACCACGACUGACCCGCCUUUGUCUCCCCAGUGGUAACGUUUACACACCGCACCAGGAACUCAUUUGAGGCUGAGUCGACCUACGAGAGGCCCAUGACCCGUUCGCCAACACCAUUGCCGAUUAUCUGAUUCGGUCCUGGGUCUCCCCUAGGGUCGACUCAGCCUCAAAU